CUCAAAGCGAUAACAGCUAGCAAGAGCGAGGAGAAAGUAACCAACCAAACAAAAGAUUACCAGCAAUAAUCUUUAAAGAGAAAAAUUAAACAAUUUUAAAGAAUAUUAAAGUCGAAAGAGCCUUACAAGUUAAUUCUGCAAGACAAACUUGAACGAGUUUCAAAGAAAACUUGAGCUACAAACCCACAGAUACCUACCAAAGGAGCAUUGCCAGAUAAUCUUCAAAGCCAGAGACGUACAAAAACUAUCUGAGAUGGCCAACAUUCCAUUGCUAUUGAGCCUUGCCGACGAUCUGGGUCGCAUGUCGAUGGUGCCCUUCUAUGAGCCCUACUACUGCCAGCGCCAGAGGAGUCCCUACUUCAGUCUGGUCGGUCCCAUGGAACAGCAGCUGCGCCAGCUGGAGAAACAGGUGGCCUCGUCGUCGGGCGCUCAGGGUGCCGUGUCCAAGAUAGGCAAGGAUGGAUUCCAGGUCUGCAUGGAUGUGUCGCACUUCAAGCCCAGCGAACUGGUCGUCAAGGUGCAGGAUAACUCCGUUUUGGUCGAGGGCAAGCACGAGGAGCGCGAGGAUGACCAUGGCCACAUUACCAGGCACUUUGUGCGCCGCUAUGCUUUGCCUGAGGGCUAUGAUGCCGACAAGGUGGCCUCCACUCUGUCCUCGGAUGGAGUGCUCACCGUGAGCGUUCCCAAGCCACCGGCCAUCGAGGACAAGGGAACGGAGCGCGUCGUCCAGAUCCAGCAGGUGGGUCCAGCUCACCUCAACGUCAAGACCAAUCCCAAGGAGCAGGUGGAGCAGGACAAUGGCAACGAGAAGUAAUCUCUAUCAUUACUGCAUUUAAACAUUGUCAAAGUCAUUAAUCUGUUUUAUAAGCUAUAGUUACGGGACACUCCAACUCACUCAUUAGCCAUUGGGGAGUGUCCCAGCGUAAUCUUAACCUUUCGGACUAUAUAAUACUGUAAUUGGAUUCUAGAAUCUAGAAUAUCAACAAUACCAAUAAAUUAUAAAUACAUAUUUAUGUAUCUUACAAAUAUA